AUGCGAGCUGUUAUACUCUUCCUUAAUGUGUUCGCUUCUACCCAGGCAGUAGUCUUCGACACAGAUCAUGAGACACCGGAUAAACGCGCUAUAAUCGAGCAGUAUUUAGAAUGCUUAAAGAAUUGCGUUAAAGAGCCUUCUGGAGACUAUCAAGUUGCUUGCGGUAAAUGUGUAGCACUUCUCCCACAAAUUCCUAAAAAUCCACAUGAGACACCGGACAAUCGCGCUAACCUGGAGCAGUAUGUAGAAUGCUUGAAGAAUUGUGUGAUAGGACUUCCUAAAUACAAUCAAGUUGCUUGCAGUGACUGUGAUUUCCUUUUUUCAAAUGGAACAGCUCUUCCUCCAAAUUCUGUGAAUCAACUUGUACCAACUCACCCUCGAAAUCCUUCAAAUCCGGGUGGACCAACUUACCGUCCAGAUUAUGUAAACGCAAAUGGAACUUAUCUUCAAGGCUCUAUAAAUCCAAAUGGACCAGCUAACCCUCCUAAUUGUGUGAACCCAGACGGUUCAACUUAUUCUCGAGACUUUGUGAAUCCAAAUGGACCAUCUUACCCUCAAAAAUUUUAA